CCUUGGCUGCUGCAGAGGGAAGCAAUGAGGACUGCUCUCGUUCGUCGCAGCAAGCAGACGCCACAGAAGAGGCGUCUCCUGAGUUAACCGAACAAGCGACCCCUGACGCUGUGGUGGAAGAAGACUCAAUUUCGUCUCAUAGUGAACCUCCGAUUCCAAUCCAAGCAGAGACUGCAGGAGCGCCGGAGUCUAGUGAGGACACCGAAGAGUCGUCAGACCCACAACCUGUUUCUGAAGAUAAUAUACCUCAACCCCAACCUGUAGAGGAGCCGCCAGCAGCUUCUGAGACUGACCUCCCGAUGGCGGCCGUCGACCAGGCUGCCGUGGAACAAGAAGAUAAACAGGCAGAUUCCCUCAAAGUAACUGCAGAUACGCCUGAAUUAGGUGAGUGUUAAUGAUUGAUUGACACCCCAUCUCCCCAGGCUCGGUCUGGAUCAAAUGAAAUUUCGGCCCCUAACCUUUUCCCCAGAUCCCGUUGAACCCGAGGUGUGCGACAUUUCGGACGCGCCGGUUCGUGAGCCAGAUACACCAGCAGUAGAACCUGUAGAAGCGCAAAAAGAAUCUCCAGAAGCGUCAACUGCGACGAGCGCAGAACAAACCAUGGAAGCGGACAGCAAAGCCUCGGAAACUACGCCCGAUAGUGAUGCUAAGAAAGAGCCUAUACCAACCUCGCAGAACGAUCCGUCAGGUGAACAUGAACAGAUAUCCGAUCCACCGCAGGUCGUCAAAGAAGCUGUCAAAUCCGUAGAAGAGUCGGUUUCGGAGCCAAGUGUUGAAGGGGGACAAGAAGAAGCAAUUCCCCGGGCUGCUGAGGCCUCGGAGGAUACCGCGUUCCAAGCAACCAACGGGGAACCUGCUCCGUCUACUGAACUGGCAGCGACCGACAAUGCGGGCGACGGAAAAGACAAGAAUGAACCUGAAAUCACUGAGAACCCAGAGGGACAUGCAGCUGGCGGUAAUGGGAAGAGUAAUCGUCCUGAUGCGGUUGCUGCUGAGCAAGAGAAAGUCGAGGACAGCUCUGCCGGAGUUGGCGAGGUCGAAGUCAGGACAACCGAAGGUGCAGCCCAAGAUGAGAAAUCUGACGGUGUGCCGUCAGAUGAGGCGUUGCCAAUUACAGAUUCUGUGGAAGAGGGCGCCGGUGAUGUCAGCAUCGUCGAAAAUGCCACAGCAGCACCAGAAGGAAAAUCGACAGAUGACUUAGCGCCAGUCGCAGACCCAUCCGUGGAAGUCGAGACGACUGCAAAGGAACCAGUAGCCGUGCAACCAGGCGGCGAUACGGCUCCCGAGCACGCAGAUGAUAUGCCGAUCGCCGCGGUGGAGAUUGUUGCUUUAAAGGAGCCCGAGAAAGGAGGAGAGGACGAGUCUCAGGUUAAUGAGAAGGCGGUACCUGGUACGCCUCAGAACGAAACAGCGAUAGUCGACGAUCCAAAGGCCGAAGGGUCUCCAGCGAUGCCAUCGAGAGAAAAGCAUCGGCGACGGCACUCUCACAGUCAUCGCGAUGGAAAGCACCAUUCCCAUCAUUCAAACAAGAGACGGGAAAGCAAUGCUAGUACAGCUGAACGCCCUACACUCAACGGCAUGGCACUUUUAGCUGCAGCGAAAUUUGCUGGGUCAGCGAGGAAAAGACGCGAUAGUAUCACCGAAAAGGACUCGAACAGAGACAAGAUCAAAGUCAGAGACUUCGAGACCGAAAGACUAAAAGGCAGUAGCAGCAGAGAUCGAGAACAUAGGGAGCGAUCACACCGUCACCGCGACAGGGGUGACGAGAAGGAGAGAAAGCGCCGUACUCUCCAAGAAAUGGAAGAGGACGUUGAAAGGAGGAAGCGCCAUGAAGCGCGGCGGGCAGAGCGCGCGGAACGGGAACGGAUUGCACGGGCAGAGGAGGCUGCCAGAAUACAAGCCGAAGAGGAAUCCCGCAGAAGGCGAAGGGAAGAAAGGCUUCAGGAGGAAGAAGAGGCCCGUAGGAAGCGACGGGAGGAAAGGCGUGCUCAGCGAAAGGCUGAAGAAGAACGUCUAAGGCUCUUAGAAGAGGAGAGGAUUGCGAAGGAAGAAGAAGCACGUCGUAUACGACAUGAAGAGCGAAGAAAACGGCAUGAGGCCGAGAAGGAAGCAAGGCGACUGGAGCGCGAGAAGGCUGAGCAGGCCGAAAGAGAUGAGCAGGAAGCGCGUAGGCUACGCCGCCAACGCAGGGCAGAGCGCGAUAAACAGCAACGUGCUCUUGCCACAAAGGAACCCGAGGAACUCGAGCGGCCUCGCACUCGUGACGCUACUCGACGGGCUGCUGAGGAAGAGGAAGACGAUGUCGCGCCACCUACUCCUGUCUCACCCAGAGCACCAACGCGGCGGCACACUGGCGAGCGAACUAGAGAGCCGCCACAGCAGAGCAGAAGGAACAGCUUGUUGGGCGGAAUCGCCUUGUUUGGCCGCUCUCGAACGGAACCCGCUGUGCCCACUUCGAAGCCGAUAAAACCUGUAUCGAGGGUGAGGACGGAGCCAAUAGACGACAUGAAGCAUAAGGAAAGACCGAUAAGUAGUCAUCAUUCCUCAAACGGCAGCAGGGAACGAGAGCGACAUCACCGUCGCCACUCACACUCACAUCAUCACCGUCAAUUCAAGUCCGCAGAGGAGGAGGAGGAGGAGUACCUAGCCCGCAAGGAAGCACGGCGGGCAGCUCGUGCAGCCAAAGAACAAGAAAUGGAGAUGAUUGGGGCGAACGAUGGUGGUGUACCUCUUGCUAGUCCUGUGGAGGACAGCGCUCGACUUCCGCCAGAUCCUGUGGAAGCUGAGCCAGAGGUGAACAGGCCGCGAUCUCUUUUUGUCGAUGAAGCAGCAGCUGUGGUGGGAAUUGGUUCGACUUCGUCCGGUGAACGUCGCGAACGUAGGAGGACAAGUCGCCGGAUUUCAAUCGUGGAGAAUGAGCGGCCGAAGAGCAGACGCAUAUCUGUCACCGAGAAAGAACGACCUGUGAGUCGCCGCUCAGAGUCAGACCGCCCCCGUACUCGCUCCGGCGAGGAGAAAACACGCGAACGGCCAAGAAGAAGCGAGACUGAGCGAAGCAGCCGCAAUAAGAAGAAAGACGAAGGCGGAUUUAAAGGCUUGUUUGGGGGCCUGAAGAAGAUUAUGGCGUAAGCCUGUUCAAUAGUCCUACAGAGGGUCCAAUGGGUACAGGUUGGGAAUCGAACAUACGCGUGAUAGACGACGCUUCUCACUCAAUGGCGUCGAAGCGUGAUCGAUUCAGACGGAGAAUUAGAAUUUUAUGUCUCUUCACGUCGAGCUCUCUUGUUAUCGCGGU